UAGAGCUGCCAGAGACCCUGACUGAGAUGUACAUCUACUUCCUGGUGGUUCAGUCCAGAGUGAAGAAGGUCAAGUAUGAUGGAGGAGCUGAGACAGAUCCACUGUGGAAUCCAGAGAACAGGGAGAUGAUUGUGUCUCUGGGAAAACUGGCUUUUGGGGAACCUGAUUUUCUAUGAAGAGGACCUGACAGAGUGUGGCAUCGAUAUCAGAGCAGCCUCAGUGUACUCAGGAGUCUUCACACAGAUCUUUAAAGAGGAGAGAGGACUCUACCAGGACAAGGUCUUCUGCUUCAUCCAUCUGAGUCUUCAGGAGUUUCUGGUCUUUAUGUCCAUCUGACCUUCAUCCAGUCUGGAGUCAACCUGCUGUACAAAGAACAAACAAGAUCCAGAAGGUCUGAGAUGUCUGAAGAAUUUGACAAAGCACUUUUCUUUGACAGCGAUAUGUCAGAAGAUCAAGAUGAACCUGAACGAAGACGCCACUUCGGAAGACUGCCUUCCUUCCAGUCUGGAGUCAAUCUGCAGUCCAAAGAACAAACAUCAUCCAGAAGAUCAAAGACAUCUGAAGAUGAACCUGAACUAGCAUGUCUCCAUCAGAGUGCUGUGGACGAGGCCUUACAGAGUCCAAAUGGACACCUGGACUUGUUCCUGCGCUUCCUUCUGGGUCUUUCCCUGCAGACCAAUCAGACUCUCCUACAAGGCCUGAUGACACAGACAGACAGAAUCUCAGGGACCAAUCAUGAAACAGUCGAGUACAUCAAGAAGAAGCUCAAUAAGAAUCUGUUUGCAGAGAGAAACAUCAAUCUGAUCCACUGUCUGAAUGAACUGAAGGAUCGUUCUUUACUGGAUAAGAUCCAAGAUUUCCUGAACUCUGGACGUCUCUCUGAAUGUGGUCUGUUUGGUUUUUAUUUAUCAGCUCUGGCCUUCAUCUUACUGUCCUCAGAUCAACACCUGGACGUGUUUGACCUGAAAAAAUAUGAACCUUCACAUGAGGCUCUUCUGUUGCUGCUGCCAGUGAUCAAAGAAUCUAAAAAAGUUUUGUAA